GCGUGAUUGCAUGAUAUCGAUAUGUACAGGGUGAGGAAAAAAGUUGUACACCACAUCGAAAUUUCAAACAGUAGAUAUAUUUUUCGCCAUCGUACAAAAUAUGAGUAUUUCAAUUUGAUAGCAUUCAGUGAAAUUGAAUCACUCAGUGAGAAGCUUAUGACAUCAUCUCAUGACAGUGGCCUUCGAACAGCAUAAUCAAUAAUUGAUUUGUCAGUGAAAAAAGGUCAAAAUUUCAAAGUUUCAAAAACUAACUUCAAAUAAUUUUAUAAAAUGGGCGACCCCAACUUGGUAACUACUUGCAACUUCCAUGGACAAGAAUAUUUGUUCAAAAUGAACAUCGUAUGUAAUAAUUUGGAAAUAUUAGUGACUGAUAAGAGCUCAGGAGAAGAAUGGCAAUGUAGUUACGAUGCCACAUAUAUAGAAAAUCUUACCCAUAAAACAGGGAACUUCAAACAAUUUGAUAUUUUUGUAGCCAUGAUUAAAUCAGGUCUUUUGAGGACGAGUGAAAGUGUAACUUUGGAUUUACUCACAUUUGAAGAUCUGGAAAUGUUAAGAUCUAGAAAAAUCACAAAAUCAGUUGGGCCAAAUAACAACAAUAGAAGAUAUCUCAUAGUUACAUAUGUCGUAGAAUUUGAUAAGAUACGAUAUCCUUUACCCUUGGAAUAUUGUGGUCCACCUGACCCAUUGAUUUUGCAAUCAACAAUACGAAGAUUGGAAAGUGAACUAUCAAAAGUUAAAGAGGAGUUAGCUGUGAAAUCUAACAAUAGUGAAGCCAAAAAAAUAUAUUAUCUUCAGAAACGUGUGGAUGAAUUAACAGAUGAGAAUGUACAGCUUCAAGAAGAAAUACGGCAGUUAAGUAAAUUCCUAGAGAAGAAACCAAGAACACAAGUAUUAUCUUUACAAAAAGCAGUAAGCAAUCUAGAAAAAUGCGUUGUCAAUGAAAGAAGUUCACAUCACGAGUUGGUAGAGAAAUUGAGAAAUGAUAAAAUACACCUAGCAAAGGAGUUGGAAAAAGUCAAAUGUUCUGAAAAAUGUUUGAAGGUCAAAUUGAAUAGAGUUAGUCAGGGAUCAAGGAUGGGAUUGGGUGAUCAUUCAUUCCCCUUUGCAAAUAGAGGAUCACACCACAGUAUCAAAACUAUGUUCAAACGAAGCCAAUCACCAGUCUUUGACAAUACAGACGUUAAAAAAGUUGGAUCAAAACAACUUGUGAAAAGUUCACAGUCAAAAAGCAUCUGGGAUAAGCAAAGGUCUUCUAAAAGUGGUACAAAACAAAAUAUAAGCAGAGACAGUUCAAUUUCCAGCAAUAAAUAUGUUGAUCCUGAACUGGUUGACUUUCCUGAUAUCAAUUUGAGAUCUAGAACUCCUAGUCCAACACCUCGAAAGAGUAAAUCUUCAAUGAAAUCCAGAUGUAGCAGUGCAGAAUCAAGAGCAAGUUCCCGAGCUAGUUCAAGGCUAUCUAGAGGGGUAUCUCAUACAAAGAAAUUGAAGCAAAAAGAUUUGGAUUAUAAAAUAUUAGAAGAUAAAAUAGCAAGUUUACAGAGAAUGCUCAAAAAUAAUGGAAUACGUGAAAAGUGAUGGUAUUUUCAGUGAUAUUAUUUCCAUUUGCUUAUUAUACUCUUUUUACAAGAAAUAUACUUCAAUUUCAUUUCUGCCAAGGACGAUAUUCCAUACCAAUUCUGUUUGAUAAUAGGUAAUUUAUUGAACUAUGUAACUAACCAAAACAAAAACUUUUAUUA